ACAUUUGUAAAACUUACAACCUACCCACACACACAACCGCUAUGCACCCGACCCCCUCCAUCUUUUCUUGGGGUUAUUCGCUUUAGCUUUCUGCGAAGCUCGCUCUAGCUCAGCGCAGCUAGCUCAGCUCAUCCGGCCAGCUCACCCAUGCACUGCAUGCACUGCACUGCGAACGCUUUUCUACUGAGCGCUUCUUGAUGAUCUGCGGAACGCAUCGUGAUGUAUUUCUGUGCUUGAGAGAGGGGGAAGAAUUCGUCGUUCGGGCCGCCAUUAUAUAUUUUCAUGAGCUUGCAGCUUUAAAAAUGGAUUUCUAUUGCCGUGGAGUGCUGAAUAAUUGAACAUCCCAUUAGAUUGCAUCGCUGAGACGGAGCAACAUCACCAUGGGGACAGGAGCAAGCAGUGCAUCCUCCCGCUCACCCUCCCCCGAAUAUGCCCAGAACCAGCGCAAUUCCAUGCGCCAGCACCUUGACACAGAAGAAGACAGAAAGAAUUCCCUCAACGUAUCGGUGGAUAGAGAGAAGUGGAAAGGACAAAAUGUGAUUUGUAAUGAUGUGGCUCCUAUUGUUAUCAGUAAAGACUGUUUUGAGGAGUACCAGUGUCUGUUCCUUGCAGAGAAGCAGAUGUCUGUUGUAGGGGCCAUCAAGAAGGGGAUGCCCGAACACAAUUUGAUACAGGAAAAAUAUUUCAUGGUUGCUGACCAUUUCAAAGACAUGGAUGAACUAAACACGACGGCUAAGUAUGGAGCGCCAAACUUUCGUAAAGCUCAUGGAGGAUACCCUGUGUAUGGCAUGGGACAGCCGUCUUCUGACGGGCUGAGACGAGUCAUGGAGUACCUUGAACAUGAAAAGUAUUCGGACAUUCUCUUGAUCAACAUCAGGCAUGAACCAGUUGUGUUCCUGAAGCGUGGCAAGGAUUAUGUUUCGUUCACUCCACGCGAGAGGGAGAACCUGACAAGGAACAUCACCACCUGUACGGAUGUGGAUGAUGUAGUGGCCCAGGAAGCAGCAAUACGUAAAGAGAUUGUGAAGUUUGCGCUGGUUAACAAGGACAACAAGUUUGCCUUUUACAAUGACAUUGAGGACCUUUCAGACGAGCCUCACUUCCACCAGCUCAAAUAUAUUGAGGAUAUCAAAACAACCAGUGAGGUCUACAGUCUUCAUUCGGUUGGUUUCCGCAAUGCGUUCUUCACACGGAUACCCAUGUCAUCGUCCAAAGCCUCCAUUAAUGAACCCAUUGACCAGCUCUUAAAUGCAGUUAAGGAGGUGCCCUCGCUGUUCAGCAGUGAGGAAUCAUUGCUACCAAUCCUCGUCUUCACUGGUCACAUGGGAUCGGGCCGGACAACCUUCGCUAUGUGUCUGGGCAUCUUAAUCGUGGCACAUCAGAGGGGUUUUCCAGCUCAUGUUUAUGAUCCUUACACCUCUACUGAGGAAUCACCCAAAGUGGCCCUCGGGGAGUUCUGGGCCAUCAUGAAGGUCUGUAGUCUACUUCCAGAUGGUAUGAAGCGAAAGAGAGAGGUGGAUUCGAUCCUCGAUGUAUGUACGGACAUGGGCAACAUACGAGAGAAGAUUGUUGAAUGUCAUCGCAAGCUUCAAGAAAUACAGGAAGAUUACCAAAUAGCGGGUCAAAGUGCCCGUGAAUAUUACUUGGAGAGCGCUCUAACAUAUCUUGAGCGAUACUGCUAUCUCAUCAUCUUCAAUAGCUACCUACAUGAACAGUUCCAACAGUGUUUCUGCAAAUCCUUCACCUCUUGGAUGAGACAACGGCCAGAGUUACAUACCGCCCUCGCUCAUAUCAAUUCAACGGAGAGAACAGCGCCACCAGAGCUUAUCACCAAAGGCUUACGAUUCUUGGUUGCAGAUGAUUACGUUGGUCUCGAUGUCCUCAGCUCUCACCGAGAGGUUGGAACCUCAAACUUCCGCAAAGUGCCUGGCUUACCGGUUUAUGGUAUGGCCCAACCUAGCAGUAAGGGACUCGAUAGGGUUUGUCAGUAUCUCCUUUCCAAGAAACAUGGUCAUUCCUCUAUUCAUUCCUUUAAUCUACGAGGAGAGAUGAUCAUCCAGUGUGAUACCACCACCUAUACACCCAGGGAACUGGCAUCUCUUGAUAAGAAUAUAUCCAUUGCUGGCUUUACAGAGAGAGAUGUAGAGAAAAAGGAGAUACAGCUAAAGAAUGAGAUCUUACGAUCAAAACGUGCAAUACAGGUAUACACAGAUAUAGCUGAACCCAAGAAGAACCUGCAAUUUGAAUCGGUGACCACGUUACAUGAGAUUUAUGAGGACCAAAUAAAAGAGACACCACAUCUGCACUACUAUAGGAUAGUAGGAGGAUUUCAACGAAGCGGACCAUUAGAAAAAACUAUCAACAGGAUUGUAUCCGUGGUGAAGGACUUGGAUGAUAUCUUCACUGACGAGGAUGGCCCCGCCCUUCUAUUCAAUUGCCAGACCGGGAAAGAGCAGACAACGGUUGCCAUGGCAAUUGCUGGUCUCAUCAUUUGGCACAAAAAGGGAUUUCCCGUCGGGACCAAAUUAGGCGAACAAGAAAGGAUAAGCGUGCCCCAAGCCGAGUACACCAAAGGCGAAUUCUCGGCUGUUCGUAAACUGGUGAUGCGGUUGCCCCAUGGAACGCAGGUCAAACGAGAGGUUGACCUCAUGCUGGACAAGUGCUCUGAGACCAUGACCCCAAUGCACUUUCACCUUCGAGAGGUCAUCUUCUCCAUGUUUAACAAGCUGAAGACGGCGAAGGGGGAGGAGUUAGAUAGCUUGCACCAGCAGAGUCUAGACAACCUCGAGCGCUACAUCUACCUGAUUCUCUUCAAUUCAUACCUGCAUAUGCACAGAUCUACAAACUGGGAGAUGCCCUUUCAGCAAUGGAUGAAAACUGUUGGUUACAAAGUGGGUGCAUACGACAUCUUGGACCAGCUUUCGUUUGGUGAAUUGGAUAUUGAAUCUCGCUUUGGCUGUAGUUCCAUGCGGGAUCGAUGGUGCCGGGAGAUUAAUCCCAAAUCAAUCGUCCGGGGUUACAUCGUUUGAAACAUCCGUCAAGGAUUCAAGAACAGCCCUGAUGGCAUGUCUCAUAUCUAAGGAAUUGGGCUGGAUUCAGCGUUAAAACAUUAGCCAAAUUUGAUCUAACUUGUAAACAUAAUUCUGUAAUGUUUGAACAAGACCUCUAGCUUUAAAGCUUUGCUUUUCUCAUUAUGAUCUAAUCAAAUGAAAUGGCCAACAGCAGCCUCAAUGUGUAAAGACUACUUUUCUCAUCGGUCAGACUUGUAAUUUCCAUGCCAUGUCUUGAAAGACCCAAACUACUUUGACAUUUAAUGCAUGUAGUUUGGCCGCACUUCAAAUAAGUGUCAUGUAACAGUUUUGUAUGCCAAUCCCAGCUCUUUAAUUCCAUGGCUGGUAUUCCAUUCAGUAGAUGAAGGAAUUGCAUGUAUUUUUUUUUCAGUAUUCCUCUGAAGUAAAAUACCCAUCUGUGCUCUUCAAUUGUCCCUUUAAGCUCAGUAUUUUUCUUAAAUCCAAGUCAGCCCCAUUCCUGGAUGGCUUAUGCCCAGUUUACAAAGGUUCAUAUGCGCAGUCAAACAUAGGCCUACUGUGCGUAGAUGGAUACAUACAUUGGGCAUUAUUAGGCUUAGACUUCAUGACAUCACAUAAAAUACAAAAGAAAUACUGAGUGGAUGAUGUCAUCAGUCCCCUCAUUUGCAUACCAGGAUGUGCAUAUAACUAUUGUGUGAAAUUAAGCGAAAUUUCAACAUGACAUAACUUUCUUAUUUUUCAUCCGAUUUAGAUGAAAUUUUCAGUGUUAUGCUUGUUGGAUUUUUCUUUUUUUAUUCAAAUCAACCUUUUGUUGGGUUGGAUUUGUCCUUUAAGUAUUUCGCCGGAAUUCAGCUUGAUAAAGUAAAUGGUUAGAAGUGAUCCGAAUAUGAGUAUAAGCAUUUUGCUUAGCCAAGUAAUAUACGAAGCAAUUUACUUAGUCGAUUCGUGCUCUAAAUUGAAUACCAGACUAUUUCAGUCAUUACCAGUCAUAUAACAUUCCUUUAGAAUGAAUGGAUUGGGAAAGAUGGUAGCUUUUGAAAACAAUAUACUGUAUGUGGAUUCCAUUACAAACCUCCAUGUUUUGCAGUCUUUCUGGUAUUAUUUCAAAUCACAGUUUAUAUGUAGUCUUCAAAAUUUAUUUCAUUUGAAAAUCAGCCAACAGCGUAUGGUGCUUGAGGCUCCCUCUACGCAUCCCAACCAGAGGUCACAGUAACGGAGCGCACUUUCUCUUGAUUUGAAAACACCACGGGUAUAGUUUGAGAUCAAAGUGGGUGCUACUUUAAAGGUUCUAUUUUUCAUUUGUGUAUUUUUUUGUUGAAAAUCAAUCAUCAGUUCUUGCCUGCGAGAGAAAUCAAUUGUGCUCGUAUUUUAAAGUGUUCAGACGUGGAGAGAUCAUCAAAACAAACCAAAUAUGAUUUAUGAAUGGUGUAUAUAAGCGAAGGGGUUAUAUUACCUCUGUUUUUCACUUUGAACAAAGUUAAUUAUAUUUAUAUGUAGAAGUGGAUACCAAUUUGUUUAAUUGACAGCAGAACUUUUUAAACUGUCUAUACCAGUAAACGUGUAUUCAUUUAAUUCAGAUGGUUACAAUGAUUAAUUCUCAACUCCAUGUAUAUAUGUGUAAAUUAUGUCUAUGGAAAGAGUAAAUUAUACCAAAUAUUAUCAUGAUGUAUAUAGAAGAUAUUUCCUCAUGUGUCAAAUAUAUUUAGAAGCAUCAACUCAAAAUGUUUGUUGUAUUUUUCUCACUCAUGUUUUGUGAAUUGUUUGAUUUUUUAGGGGCAAACAUGUUGCUCUGAUGUCCAGGAAUAAUAGAAGUAUGUAUGCCAUGUAUACCAAAUUUGUAGAAAAUGAGUGCCUUUAUUAUAGUACAUCGGUAUUGAAAAAAACAUAAAUUCUGCAAGUAGAGCGGGUUGUUAACUCAAGAUGAUAUAUUUUGUGCUUUAUGUGUUAUUGUGUAUAUUUUACAUUUUGUUUUGACAUGAUGUAUUUUGUGAAUUUUGUGGAUAAGUGACCAACCAUCUUUCAAAAACUUGUUCAUUUGCAAGUCUAUUUUGGUUUCCGAAAAUCAAUAUGUCUUGCAAUUCAUUGCAAAUUUGCUCUUGGCUGCUACUCUACUACUUACAGCACGCAGGUAAAAAUCAAUUCGCUCUACUUACACAUGAUAUAUCAGUUGUAAAUGUUCUUAUAGGUUGCAAAUAUUUCUCUAAUACCCCCAAAGACUGUUAUUAAUAGAGUAGAAAAAAACCAAAAUAUUUUGUGUGCAGUACAAUUCAUUCCCUGACCCAUUAAAUGAAAAAAUUGGUUUAUUUAGCACAGCUUAGGCUGAAUUGUUAACCAUACUUGAUAAACUUUCACAUACAUUGUUUUUGUUAUCAGAGAAUUACCCACAAACGAUCAUGUUCAAUACAAUAUCAGUUUUUGUCUUUUA